CCUGAAUGAAUCUUUUUCAGUAACAUAACAUAUACGUAGUUGAACUUCAAAUCCUUUCAAGCACGGAGGUCGCGAGUAACUGUGCCCAUCCAAAAGCGUGGCCUGUCUCUUCGAUAUUAUUGCUUAGUCGCUCGGUGGCCACUGCAGCGCAAACGCAUGUACGCUCAUAGCGCCGGCGCCUACGCAACCGCGAAAGCCUUUACGUAAACGUGAACUAAUAAACGUUCUUUAUAUAAAAAUAUAAAUUCAUGUGUUACCGUAAAUUUGAAAUUGGAAUAUAAUGUUUUGGCGUACACAAUUAUUUUUGAUUGGAAUAUUUUUUCAAUUUUCUUUUGUGUCUCCUAUCGCUGAAAUUGAUGCAAACGAAGAAGUGCUACAUCUGAUUGGCGAGCCAGACUUUCGCGACGUGAGACUACGAUGGGAAUACGGCAAACCUGAUGAAGAGGACCGGCCGAAAGUUUUGGCGUUUCAAGUGCAUUAUUGCGAAUUGCAAGCAUGGGGCCAAUACCGCUGCAGGACCAAGGUGAUCGACACAGCAGAAGACGAAAAGGCCACUAAACCGUCGACAAGUAGUACAGAAGCGGCUCCAACUACAACCACGAGUCAGCCGUCGGCAGUGAGGCGCGGGCGCAUGUACAGCACGCGAAUAGUCGGCUUGCGAAUGGCUACCACAUAUUCCUUCGAAGUCAGACCAGUACGAAGAGAUGCAAGAGAUUUAGCAGAUCCACAAUCAAUAAGCUCGAAAAUUAUCAUCGUUCCCACGAAAGGAUUUUCGGCGCGUGCUACACAAUGCCUGCCACAUGCCAGCGAAGUCGAGGUAUCAACGGGUCCGUUUUUCGGAGGACGCAUCGCCGUUGAAGCUGCUGACGGAGGGCCAGAACGUUGCUCGAUCCAGGGCAACCCGAACAGCGCACAAGACGCCUACAUCUUGCGGAUACACCAUGACGAAUGCGGCUCCGAAGUGAACGACACUACUGUUGCCACUUACGUUAUAGUGCAAGAGAACCUUCCUAUUCUGACGCAUAGCACGAGACGAUUCUUAGUCCUCUGUACUUAUAAGCCCGAGACACUAACAGUGAGAGCCGGCAUCAAUUUACCAAAAUCGAACCCUGGAGACGUUCUUCACCAACAUAAACCAUCGAGUGGAUCAGUCGAACCUUACGAGAAUCAGGACAUGGACUACAAUGAGUUACAGCCUGCCAGACUGGAAGCAAGAAAAGAGGAGCCACAACAAAGUGCGUUUGGUGAGGUCACCCUGGUCAUGUUUUUAGUAGUGGCUGCGUUUGGCGGCGUGGCUCUGUUAAUAUGGAAGGUGGUACCGCAAGCUGACAGGGACAACAUAUCUAUCGCAACGGUCUCAUCACUGACACGAAGCGGGUUCUUCAGCAGGCGGAAUAAAGACAGGUUCUCUGACAGAAGCUCUGUCUACUCCAUUUCACUAUCCGAAAAAGACGAAGGUGCUCCAAAAAAGCCUAAUGAUGGUGAUAACACUUCCGAAGCGUAAUCGUUUAAAAUACUUGUGUGAUUUAUUUUUAAUUUAAGAUGUAAGAAGGCACACGUUAUCGCGUAGACACGAUGUCUGUGCGAUUACUUAAUCAAAUAUAUAGCGAAGGGUGUAUUUCGCAUCUUGUGACAUUGAUAUAACGGCUUUUGGCGCGUGAAGAAGAUAAAAAGCACUAAGAAGACUUUGUUAAGCUUAAUUAAUAUACCUAUUUGUAAUGUAAAUAAAAUCCUUCUCCUUGUGAGAAGAGGCCUGUGCCCAGCAGUGGGACGAUAAAAAAAAGGCUGUAACAGUAAAUUAAAUAUUGACCCCUACCUAUACGUAAAAUGCUUAAACGCGGGGCCAUUGACUUUCCUAUAGAUUAUAUAUUUUA